UGUUUACUUACAAUUUCGUAGUCGCAAAUCGGCAUCUAAAUUCUAAACACUAAUUUAAAAAUUACACUCAUUUAUUACAGUUCAGUGGUAUUAUUUCAACUGAGUUUAUUCCAGGGUUCUGAUGACCAUAUUUAAAUUAUUAUAAUUCAAGUUUAAUAUCAUUUGAACACACAAAAGAUGAAACGUCUAGCGUUAGCCGAUGUCUACAUCGCUCUAGAAUAAUUAAAAGUCCCUUUAUGACAUUGCGAUAAGUGUUUCAAUUACUUAAUGUUAAUAUAAAGAACGCUGUGUCGCCAUUGUAAUAAUGAAUAAAUAUACAAGUCUAUCUGCUAUUGUGUUUGACUAAACCCCGGUACAAAUCAUGUUAUAACUGUGUACUUGAGGCAGAUAUGGGUUUAACCCAGUUCCUGCUUUGCGCGGCCGUAGGAUGGAUAGUUUUAGCCUUAUGCAUAAAUGGAGAAACAGACAAUGCAAAUAGUUGUAAUAAUACAAAUCCAGAAUUCGUAGAAUAUCAGUUUACAACUGAUGUUGUGCGAAGUGAGCACAUAGUUACAUUUUCUGGUUAUUUUUCUAAAUUAUCUAGAGAAAAAUAUAUUACAGCUGCACUAAAGAAUUCAGGAAUAAAAAAUUGGAAUAUCUUGGAGAGACAGAAUGCAGCUAAAGACUAUCCUAGUGAUUUUGAAGUUAUUGUACUUAAUGAAGAUCAAAAUCUGGCUUUAAAAUCACUUGGUGAUCACCCUGCCAUCCGACGAAUCACAGCUCAAAGACAAGUACAGCGUACUAUAAAAUACAUAAAAGAGGAUGACUGUGGGUUACCAGAAUGUCUCUAUUCAGGGUGGAGAAGUAAAAGUAUUAAGGGACAUGCUUUACUCUCUCUUAGAAAGUUGCAAGAAAACGAUGGCUACUCAUCCCGAAAGCUGUUAAGAACUGUGCCCCGACAGAUAACAUCAGUAUUGAAGGCAGAUGUGUUGUGGUCGCUCGGUGUAACAGGUGAAGGUGUCAAAGUUGCAGUAUUCGAUACCGGGCUGUCACGCAAUCACCCUCAUUUUGGUCAUAUACGUGAACGAACCGAUUGGACCGGAGAGAAAACGCUAGAUGACGCCUUGGGGCAUGGGACGUUUGUUGCUGGGGUCAUCGCUUCAAGAGCAGACUGCCUUGGAUUUGCGCCUGAUGCUGAAUUGCAUAUAUUUCGCGUUUUUACCGAUAACCAGGUGUCCUAUACAUCGUGGUUCCUCGAUGCAUUUAAUUAUGCAAUUAUGAAGAAAAUUGACGUCCUAAACCUAAGUAUAGGUGGACCAGAUUUUAUGGAUCACCCAUUUGUUGAUAAAGUAUGGGAACUGACUGCAAAUAAGGUCAUUAUGGUGUCAGCGAUUGGUAACGAUGGACCGUUAUAUGGUACAUUGAAUAAUCCAGCUGAUCAAAUGGAUGUUAUCGGCGUGGGUGGCAUCGGGUUCGAUGACCGGAUCGCAAAGUUCUCCUCAAGAGGGAUGACGACGUGGGAGUUGCCAUAUGGUUAUGGUCGCGUUAAACCUGACAUAGUGACGUAUGGGAGUGGAGUCCGUGGCUCUAGUGUAAAUGGAGGGUGCCGAUCUCUCAGUGGUACAUCAGUAGCAUCGCCAGUUGUAGCCGGUGCGAUUGCUUUAUUAGCUAGCGGUGUGCCUAGACAGAACCUAACGCCGGCUUCGGUCAAACAAGCGUUGUGCAUAACCGCUCGGAGACUUGUAGGGCCUAACAUGUUCGAGCAAGGACACGGGAAAUUGGACCUUAUUAGCGCGUAUCAGUUUCUACGUGAAUACGAGCCCCAAGCUAGUCUCAGUCCGCCAUACAUUGAUCUAACGGAAUGCACAUACAUGUGGCCGUAUUGCACCCAGCCGUUGUACUUCAGUGCUCAGCCUACGAUUGUCAAUAUCACUAUUGUAAAUGGCCUUGGAGUAGCUGGAGAGGUGAAACGUGUAAUGUGGCACCCACAUUUGCCGAACGGUCUCAUAUUGGCAGUGGUGGUGGACCAUAUUGACAUCAUUUGGCCAUACUCAGGUUGGCUGGCCUUAAGAUUCACUGUGUUGGAAAGUGGGGCUGAUUUUGAUGGAAUUGUUGAAGGGCACGUGAAUAUUACAAUUGAAAGUUUUGACGAGUCGUUUCGGCAAAAGACCAGGAAUACAACACUGAUGCUACCGGUACGUGGACGUGUUAUCCCGGUACCGGUUCGAUCGCGUCGUCUCCUAUGGGACCAAUUCCAUAGCCUGCGAUACCCGGGAGGCUAUUUCCCAAGAGACGAUUUACGGGCAAAACACGACCCGCUCGAUUGGCACGCCGAUCAUAUACACACAAACUUUAGAGAUAUGUAUCGAAGACUGCGGGAGCACGGCUAUUAUGUUGAAGUUAUGGGUUCCCCCCUGACCUGUGUUAAUACGUCGUUGUACGGUGCCCUCAUGUUGGUAGACCCGGAAGACGAAUAUUUCCCAGAGGAGAUGGCGACUCUGAAGAAGGCGGUGGAUUCGGGGUUAUCCCUGGUUGUAUUUGCGGAUUGGUAUAAUGCGUCUUUACUACGACACGUCAAGUUUUACGAUGAAAAUACGAGGCAAUGGUGGAUACCAGAAACGGGUGGUGCGAAUGUACCAGCGUUGAAUGACUUAUUAAGCAUGUUCCAGGUGGCGUUGGGCGAUCGAGUGUUUGAAGGUACUUUUACUUUGGGCGGCCAUGCAAUGUACUACGCGAGUGGUACACACAUACAUAGCUUUCCCGAACAUGGCGUGCUCGUCAAUGCCCACUUGGUCGAUCAGGGACAGCAGAUAAUGUCCGGGGGCAAAGCUAGUGGUGGGAGUGGUUCAAAUAAAGCCCCAACAGUGGAUGUACCAAUUUUGGGUUUACUACAGACAGACGGAGAGGCCAAAGAUUACACCAAUGACACUAUUAAUAAAGUACCAAAGGCGGGAAGACUAGUCGUAUACGGUGACUCGUCUUGCCUUGAGAGUGGGGCUGGUCGACCCUGCCAUUGGUUGCUGUUAGCUGCUUUGCAGUACGCACUUGGAGGUCACGUUCCUUCAGCGCUUAAGGAAGCUGCAUCGAAGCAUCGAGACGUACAUAUUAUACCUUCUGAGUUACCAAAGCGUUCAGAAGGUGGUCGCCUGCACGCGUACUCGCGCGUAUUAUUACCUGACGGUAGCGGUACGCGUACGUUACCAGAAUGCGUGCGCGACGUUCCGCUGUCACCCAUGCCCGUUCAAGCCCCGCCUGCCGCACGCACCUUGGCCCCACGACAUCAUCCUACCGAUCCACGCAGCAUUGGUGCGCCAGAAACGGAAGGCACAGAACCGGCGCCCAGGGCAUGGCGUGGGGCUGGCGUAGCCCCGACGAAAGUCCUAUCUGACAUCGAGCAACAAUCGAGUUAUAGCAAUCGAGCCCUUACCUUCAUCGCAAUAGGAGCCAUAAUCUAUUGUACAGUUAUCUUUUGGAAGAGAUACGGACGUAAAAUGAAACGACGGAAAUUAAUUUCAUUGGCUACUUAGUUAAAUUAUUUUAGUAUAUGAAAUUGAAAAAAAAAUUAUUUCCGCAAAAAAAUCUAUGCCUAAGAUUUUAAUUGAAAAUGCAAAUACCAUUAAAAUGUUUUAUUUUAUUUAUGACAUUGUCAAGUGACAUGAUUUAUGUUUGUGAAAUGUUGAUUGAUAAUAAUUAUUCUUUAUAUUCAUGAUUUUUUUAUUAUUAAAACAGAUUUUUUUGUAAUUUGACGAAAUACAGUCGACUCUCGUUAAUUUGCAUUUCCGGUCCCCCUCGGUAAUUUGAAGUUGAAGGAUGUUACUGUUACUGGCCUACAUGUGAUAAUUAUCUCUAUCUCUAUAAUCAAGUGUUUAUCAUGCAGACCUGUCAUUUUUUUAAUUCUUGCCAAUGUUAGACUGAAGUCGCGAACUCAAAAAAAAUUACGGACUUUUCGAAAUAAAUUGUUAAUUAUUUUAGUACCAUGCUUUUUUGUUAAUAAUAGCUCUUGGUAUAGUGAAAUUUAAGUGUGGUCUGAGUCUCAAAUUAUGAAGAGUCGAUUGUAAAUUUUAAUUACUACAAUCAAAUGAUGCUACAAUAUCUUAUUCAACAGAGUAUUAUAAUGAGAUUUCUUCGAUAAUGGUUCUUGUAUGAAUAAAUUUAUUUACUUUUUUAUUUGAUUUAUACAUUAAUUAAUAAUUAUACGUUAAUUACGCGUAUUUUUACAAUUUUAUGUAAAUGACAUCUAAAUUACGUUUUACGCAAUGUGUUUAACGUGUUAGAUAUGAAAGUAUUUACUUAGGGCACAUAAGUAUUUAGAAGAUCAGGUUUUAUACUAUGUAUUAAUUAAUUUUUAUGAUACAUAAAAUUAUUCGAAUGUAAUAUGUAGUGGCUGGCGUGAUAUCGUAGUAGCCAUGCUGGUAACGAAUCACUACAAUUCUUGUGCUUGAAAUGUCUAAGGAUUGCUCUGAUUAACACCUGCAUCUGAGUUUCAUAUUUAGUCGAUUUCUAUGACUGAGUGUUUUUUAAGUGACGUUUGCACCAUCUUCGGAAGCAGCAACCAAAGUAUUUUCAAACUAUUCGACUUAGGUUCUUUAGAAAAGAGAGCGCACCUUUUACCGAAUACAUUUUGUAUUGCCGGCAACGCAUUCGCCGAGGGCUUCUUAACAUUAAGUGAGGAUUAAGCCCGUUCGAUUUCAUUGCUAUAAAAUAGUCUAUUGACGUCUUCAUAGAACCUUAAGUAUUUGUUACCAUACAUUUAUUUCUUGUUAUUGGACGUACGUUUAUACUAAUUACCUAGCUUAAUUAGGUUUAAUUAUUGUUAAUCUUAUGAAACUAUAAAUGUUUAUUACUCCACAUAUAAUGUUAAUGCAUUUUUUUAUCUGUUGUCCCAAUGAAGCCUAGUAAAAUACAGUACGUAGAGGCCACGCCAUCUUGUAAUGCGUUAUUUAUUAUUAUUAAAGUGUAAUGUGUAAGAAAUGAAAA